AUGGAACAGAGUGUGUACCUACACUCCUUAUCCGCUGAAGCGAGUCAGGAUGGUGUGAAUCAAUUAGCCAUAGAAGAGGAAGGACAUGAUCAAGAAGAUGAUGCUGAUAUUGAUUCAUACCACCACAAAGGUCAGGUUGCUGCGGAACAUAUAGUACGCACAUGCAGUGGUUAUAACGCACAUUUGAAAGAAAUAGGACCAACACAGGAUGUAUGUAGUCAGAAUCUUUCAGCGAAACAAGAUGAACAUAUUGACGCUGAACUGUCUAUUUUUGUGUCAAAAGUACUUGCCGAAAUAGGGAUUACAGAAGAACUGGUAGAAGCACGAAGAAACACAUGGCUGGAAAUAGAAAGCAUAAAUACUGUCCACUUGCGCCUUGAAGAUGAUAAUGUGACAUGGUACCAUUUUGACAGUCAAUCUGAGAGGACGACCACUUUGGGGUUAAAUUCAGAUGCAGACAUCUUGGUUUCAGAGAAUGACAACAGGGUUAUUCUGGAAACUGUUGAAUCGAAGCAAUGGUUCAAUAAUCUAUUGGUACAUAAACAUAACGACACUUCCCCAGGGUACUGCAAUCUGUUAGCCAUGAACAAUAAAGAACCCAUUCUAAUGACCGAAGUUGAUAACAAUGAAAUGUACGAGCAAGGUAAAGAUGGUAAAGUGUAUCUUAAAAGCGAAUUCCUGCAGUAUCCUGUCGAUAUAGUUGACGAGGUCCAUGGCCCAGCCCUAAAUCGAAUGAGUACAAAACGAGGAAUCGAUGAGGACUAUGUAUUUGCAUGUUAUUGUUCCAACCUUCCAAAAGAGGCAAUGGACUGGAUAGACAGAACAAAAGAUAAACCGUGGCCUAAGGACCCUGUGCGGAAACGCGUUAUUGAAAGCGGUUGCUUUUUAGUUGCAGUCGGACAUAAACAAGGCAAAGAUUUAAGGACUGAUUUCAGAAUGUCUACCACAUUAGGAGAACGGAAACUGAUGUUUGACAUGAACAUUUCACAACUACAGUGUUUGGUUCUGAUGAAAAUGCUCAUUAAGACAAUUGUAAACAAACAAUAUAAGGACGCUAUUAAGAGUUUCUACUGUAAAACAGCAUUGUUUUUUGUAACAGAGCAAUACGGGAAAGACAUGUUUAGAGAAGAUAGAAUUUUGGAAUGUACACGCAAAUGUUUACACUGGAUCUACAAAAGCCUCGUAAAUGGAUACAAUCCCCAUUAUAUGAUGAGCAGUCUUGAUAUGUUUGAAGGUAGAUUAGAUGCAACCCUUAGGGAAAAGGUUGGAGAAUGUAUCAACGAUAUUAUUAAUAAUCCUAUUUUAGCCAUACUGAUAAUAGAGUUUGAUGAGUUUGGGAGAAGAUUAUACAAUAGCAUUAGAAAUUCUGAACAUUAUAUCUCUGAAACACAGGAAAUAAUCCGUUCAAACAUUGGGAACUUUCUUUAUAAAGCUUACGUUUUGAGUCUUAAGGGGCCAUCUUUAUACGAUGAUCCAUGGAAUUGCGAUCUAGAACGUGAAAUCGAGUUAAACAAGGCAAAAUUGUCGCGUUGUGAAAUAUUACACCAACAAGGAGAUAUUUUCAUUCAAAAGGAAACCGAACGAUAUAGAUAAUUUUUGCAAGCUAACUUAGGCAUGCUAAUGGCAGCUGAUUCUAUUCAGAAAAAAAUCAAACUGUCUAAUUCUGUUUUGUUAAGAUUAAAAGACGGUACGUGUGCCGACGCUGUUUCAGGAAGGCUGAAGUACGCUACCGUUUUGGUUUGCGUAGGUGACAUAACUGGAGCAAGUGGACUUUUGAGAGAAGUAGAAACAGCCCACAGCGACAUCGCUGUGGAAUCAGUGUGUAACUGUUCAGGAGAAGUCGAGUAUGUACCGAAAACUGGUUUUGGAGACGAUGUAUUGGCGUUAAUAAAUACAGGUGCUUUAUAUGCAAAUACCUGCAAUUGCUUACUUUUUGUUGAAACUCUUAAACCAUGUUUUCCUCGUGGAUGGCUUGAUGCUGUAUUCCGACCAAUUGACCAACGGUCAGAUAUAGAUGACCUUAUAGAGUAUGUGAGCUUGGAUCCCAAGCCAUAUUUCCAUUUCGUGGAACUGAUGUUACACAAGGAAUUAAACAAUCAAUCCAAAGCACUGACAGCAUUCCAGGAGCUCGAGAAAUGUGUUUCAGAGGAACCAUUGUUUCACAAGGAUACGGCGCUGGUCCUACUUAGCCAUUCUUUAGAAAUGGACGGACAAGUUGAAAAGGCAAAGAUUAUAUAUGAUGAGGCAUGUUGCCUAAGAAAACGCAAAAGAGGGUAUACGAGCUCACAUGUGAGAUAUAACAGUAAACAAGUAUAAAGCAAAUUAACAAUUUCACAAAUAAACAAGUCUUUUGUAAUAAA